CCGGCGCCGGGCGCAGGAGCCGCUGGAACAAUGCUGAGGCGGGCGAGGUGAGGCGCGGCCGGCUCUGCCUCCGCGAGGAAGCGUCGAAGGGGUGUCUCGAACAGGUGAUCGGAGGAGCCGGAAACCGAGGCCACCUGGGCGGGCAUCCCUCCCCUCUCCUCGGCCAGGCCCUGCCCCCCAGAGAAGGUGGGGAAACCAUGGCGACCAAUUUCAACGACAUCGUCAAGCAAGGCUACGUGAAGAUGAAGAGCAGGAAGCUCGGGAUCUACCGCAGGUGCUGGCUGGUGUUCCGGAAGUCCUCCAGCAAGGGGCCCCAGCGGCUGGAGAAGUACCCGGAUGAGAAGUCCGUGUGCCUCCGAGGCUGCCCCAAGGUGACCGAGAUCAGUAAUGUCAAGUGCGUCACACGGCUCCCGAAGGAGACCAAGAAGCAGGCGGUGGCCAUCAUCUUCACUGACGACUCGGCCCGUACCUUCACCUGCGACUCAGAGCUGGAGGCAGAGGAGUGGUACAAGACCCUGUCUGUGGAGUGUCUGGGGUCGCGGCUCAACGACAUCAGUCUGGGAGAGCCGGACCUCCUGGCCCCAGGGGUGCAGUGUGAACAGACAGAUCGCUUCAACGUCUUCCUGUUACCCUGCCCCAACCUGGAUGUGUAUGGCGAGUGCAAGCUGCAGAUCACCCACGAGAACAUCUACCUCUGGGACAUACACAACCCCCGCGUGAAGCUCGUCUCGUGGCCCCUCUGCUCACUGCGCCGCUAUGGCCGGGACACCACACGCUUUACCUUCGAGGCUGGCCGGAUGUGUGACGCUGGGGAAGGGCUCUACACCUUCCAGACGCAGGAAGGGGAACAGAUUUACCAGCGGGUCCACAGUGCCACCCUGGCCAUCGCCGAGCAGCACAAGCGGGUCCUGCUAGAAAUGGAGAAGAAUGUGAGGCUGCUGAACAAGGGCACGGAACACUACUCCUACCCCUGCACGCCCACGACCAUGCUGCCCCGCAGUGCCUACUGGCACCACAUCACGGGCUCCCAGAACAUCGCCGAGGCCUCCAGCUAUGGCGGUGAGGGGCACGGGGCAGCCCAGGCCAGCUCGGAAACGGACCUCCUCAACAGAUUCAUCCUGCUAAAGCCAAAGCCCAGCCAGGGGGACAGCAGCGAGGCCAGGACCCCCGCCCAGUGACAGCCGGGCUGGCGUGCACCCAUGACUGCGGGGCUGCCCGCUGCGCGCUGAGGACGGCCUCAGGGGGCUAUUGGCCACGCGCCUGGAGAAAGGGAGCCGCUGUCCCUUCCUUGCCCCCACGGGGAGGCUGGACCAAGGCAGAGGGCUGGCCACACUGCCUGAGCAUGUGUGAGGGGCUGGAGCUACCGUGGGACUAUUUACUGUUCAUGAUUUUAAUAUAUACGGCUUAUGACAUAUCCUGUAUUAACGAGAUUUCCCCGUCCCUCCCUGCCACCACAUACAGUUUUGAAUCCCAUGACCAGGCCACCAAGGCUGGUUCUGAAUGUCCUCUGUGGCACAGCCCUCCCGCUGCCAGGACUCGCCUGAGCUGCCAGGGCCGGAGGCAGACAAUCAGAACUCAAGGCCGGUGCUGUCGGCAGGCUUCUCCCAGGAGCCAAGGGCUAAGACAGCAAGUGGCUUCUCAGUUCCUCUGGGCCUAGUGGCACAGGAAGGAUCCGAACUCAUGCGGUGCCACCUGCUGACAUCUGGUUGACACCUCAGGUGAAAAGCUGGUUUGAAAAAGAACAUUUCUGCCCAGGCUCCUCCCUGCUUUGUAGGCUGAGAAGAUCCCUGUGGGCAGGAGUGCUGGUGACCUCAGCCGGGGGAGGCGGCCAGGCCAGGAGGGAGGGCCAGCAGGACUGCAGUGGGGAGCUGCCCUGCGGCCCCCUCUCACUGACCUGGGCCGGCAGUGCCCCUGCGGAGAGAGGAGAGGCCCCUCUUUGGUCUGGCCACCCUCUGGCCAGAAAGGACUCAGAAACCAGCCCUUCCACUUCCUCCCCACAUGGUGCUGAGGCUCCCUGCUGAGAUGCAAUUAAAGCAAUUGACUUUCUAGUGCUGGUAUUUAUUGACUACUGGGCAGAAGGGCUAUCUUUCUAUCCACAUCAAACCUUCGGUUAUGUGUGUUGUGUUUUUUUUUUAAAAAAAAAAAAUACUUCGGGUUCUGCUUUGUGGGAACAGACCUUGUUACCCUGAUGUAAAUAACCACUGUUCAAGUCGUGGCAGGAGGCCCCUCCAGCAGAGCCCUGGAGCCAAGGGGGUGGCCACAGCCAGCUCAGCUCUGAACGGAGCAGGGAGCGACCACCAGAGGCAUAGGCCUGCAGGAGAGCCCGCUGAGGCCUUGGAGGGGGGAGCUGCUGGCUCAGCGAGCAGCACGAUGACGCAUGAAGGAGAUUAUGUUGUGCUCUUUAUUGCCAAAAAUAAAAACUCUACUGUUAAUAAA